AUGGAAGAGGGAAGGAAAAGAAAAGCAAGGGACCAACUGUCGCCAUAUUCAAACCCCGUUGAAGAGAAUGACCAGCACAGCACGGUUGCUGAGUCUUCUCCGCUGCCGAACAGGAAGAGGGCGAAGGCAAGGGUUGGGGAUUUAGCAACGAUUGCAAACUCUGAUGCGCUGAAGGGGGUGUUGAGUUCCGUGAACAUUCUUCAGCCCAAGAUAAAGAACGAUAGAAUAAGUGGGCUGAACAGAUGCUUUGUCAAUGCUGUUCAGAAGGUGGUGGAGAAGGAGUCAAACAAGAGCCUCUUGUAUUUAUUUAGACAAUAUGAGAAGUAUUACGAAGAGCUUAAGGAGUCUAGUGACUAG